AUGGCCUCAUCAAUCUUUCUUGCAUCUCCAAUCCUUGUAGUGAUACUAUUUCACUUACUUUUAGAAAACGGUCCCACAUCAUGUUUUGCAACAAACCCAACCGGAAAACCACCACCCGACCUUCGACUCACCCUAACUCGUGUCGAUGUAGCUAAAAGUUUCCCCAAAAACCAAUUUGCUCCAAGCUCUAUGAGUGAGGCUAAUGCAGCAGAAAUAACAUCCCCAACACAAGCAUCCAACGACCUGUACGUUACAAAGCUAGCCAUCGGGACUCCACCAGUGAUCUUUUCAGCCGUAGUGGACACGGGAAGCGACCUGAUAUGGACCAAGUGUGAUUCUUCUUCACGUUUUUAUGACUCGAGUAAGUCUAAAUCCUUCUUUAAAAGUAAAGAAAGUUGCGAUAGUUUUGGGUGCACCCAGGAAUACGCUGAUGGCGAGUCCAUAAAAGUAAGUAUGGGGGGAGAAAAGCUAACCAUUGGAGGCGUGAGUCGUGGUAAUAUAACCUUUGCAUGUGGAACACCAAACGAUAAAAAAAGUUUCAAUAAGUAUAAUGGAGUAGUAGGAAUGGGUCGUGGGAAGUUGUCGUUGGUUUCACAAUUAAACAUAAAUGUCUUCUCAUAUUGUCUGGCUUCUCGGUCUCACAAGUCAGAACAAAGCAUUUUGUUAACAGGGUCCAACACAAAGACUGCCAUGAGAAAUGUCCAAACUACCCCUUUGCUCAAACAAGAGGACAAGUCAUAUUACUACAUCACUCUUGAAGGUAUCUCGGUUGGCCAAACCAAAUUGCCUAUCAGCACAUCUGACUUUGCGAUAAAAACAGAUGGAACGGGUGGGAUGAUCAUAGACUCAGGUUCGACAUUCACUUACUUAGAGAAAGAUAUUAUUAACAUGAUUGAAAAUGAGUUAAUGAAGCAAACAAAGCUCAAUAUGUCAAAGGAUGACAAUCCGCCAUACCAGGGUCUUAAUCGAUAUUUCAACUCUCCGCGUGAUGUCAAGAUCAUACCCAAGUUGGUGUUUCAUUUUAGUGGUGCGAAUUGGGAUAUGCCAAGAGAGAAUUACAUCUAUGUAAAGAAUGGUAAGUCGUAUUUGGCGUUUAUAGAUAACGACAAUGAUCCGGAGAAAAUGUCUAUAUUUGGAAACAUGCAACAACAGAACAUGAUGGUGCUUUACGAUCUUGUGAAGAACAGUUUGUCAUUUAAGCCUGAAAAAUGCAGCCAACUUUGA